CUUCCGGACCCCUACUGUCUAGGGAAAGCCGGAAAUGGUAGCAGCCCUCUUUGAUGGCGGGGAGGAGUCAAGACCGGUAGUCUUUCUAUUUCCGUUGUUUUGCUCUGGAGCCUCCCGGAGUUUCGGAGAGACCGUGUCUUGGAUAGAAUUGGAGGACUUAGCAAAUAAAAAUGUAAAGCGUCCAGUUAUGUUUUUUUUUGAGUUAGAAUCUCACUCUGUCACCCAGGCUGGAGUGCAGUGGCGCGAUCUCGGCUCACUGCAACCUCCGCCUCCCCGGUUCAAAUGAUUCUCAUGCCUCAGUCUCCCGAGUAGCUGGGAUUACGGGCGCCCACCACACCCGGCUAAUUUUUGUAUUUUUAGAAGAGACGGGGUUUCACCACGUUGGUCAGGCUGGUCUCGAACUCCUGACCUCAGGUGAUGCGCCCGCCUCAGCCUUCCAAAGUGCUGGGAUUACAGGCGUGAGCCACUGCGCCCGGCCACUUCCAGUUAGAUUUGAGUUAAGAUAAACGACGAAUAAUUGUUAAGUCCUAAACAUUGUAUGCACAUACUUAUACUUUAAAAAUUACUUGUUUAUUUGAAAUUCAAAUUUAACCGGACGUCCUGUAUUUUCUCUGGCAGCCUUAGCAUUGAGCGUCCCCCUGUCCUGUGCUCAUACCCAGUGGCAAGGCUGGGAUCUUCUAGGCUCUUGUCCAUCUGGGAAAUAGAUACUAAUUUCAUCCAGGCUAUAAAGACCGGCUGUCUUAGUUGCUAAGAUGCUUUUAGCUCCAAGUCUAAUGGGCAAGCUCCAGGGGUCCCCCUGGCCAAAACUGGACCCAUUUUAGGAAUCCCCAUGACGAUGCCCUCUGUGUUCCCUUUCACAACAGAAGUCAGGCUCGGCUGAGAACUAGGCAAGCAAAAUGGUCAAAGUCUAGAAGUAACCACCAUAUUUGGGUGUGGGGUAAACCGGUGUUUGAGAUCUGUGUUGCAGUGGACAGUAUCAGAGAGCCUGAGGUUGUUAAGGGGAGAGCGUAGUGUUAAUCUCACCCCAUGUCUCAUUUUGCGGAUGAGGCCCAGUGAGAGAAAUGGAGGUGUCCCAGCCACUCAGAAAGCCUAUAAUAGAGCUGGAACCUCAAUUCCCAGCCUCUUUACCCUGCUCAGUCCAUACUUGCUGAUGAAGUCAGCUUGCAGCAUUUAUGGUAGGCAUUUAUUAAAGUAGAUGCAAUAGUACAUAUGUAGUACAGAUGAGGUGUUUGGGUCUUUAUUGUUCCUAUACCCCUCUACAGCUUCCUGACCUUCGCCCCAAGGCUUCUUUAGCUUUUACUCUGCCCAGUGGGGAAAAUGGCUAUGGGCUCAGUUAUGGGAGCCUGGCCUUUGCCUACUUCAGCCCUUGGGCUCUCACCACUGUGGGUGGUGUGACCUAGGACUUGUUUUUGUUAUCUUGGAACCAGAAGGGGUGUUCUUGGCAGGGUUGGGUCUGGCCAACUGUGUGGGUAGAAGGGCAUCCUUUUCUGUCCUGCAAUUGGGCUUCAUGGCACAUGGCCUCACAUGGUGCCUGGGGACUUUUCUAAGGUUCCACCAUGAGCCAGACUUUGCCCUCACUCCUGAUUUGAACCUAAACCUCUUGCUGAACUGGUCCUGCAUACUGAGAUUCCUCAGAUUGCUUGCCCUGAGGAUGUGUUCUGGGUUUGACCUGAUAAACCUGCAGCCUCCUAUAGACCCUGACUUCCCAGGCUCCUAAUCCCAGUCUCAUGAGAUAAUGAAAUAGAGAAGACUGGAGGUCAAUGGGCUCGGGGUCAGUUGGUGGGACAAUCAACAGCUUCCUGGCAGCAGAGGUGGUAAAGAGGCAAGGAAGGAGUGCCAGAAAGGGGCGUUGCCCCAGGGUAAGAGCUCAGAAGUGCAGGGGGUGGAAAAGGGGUGGGAUGGGAGCCCACUGGUAGAAAUUACUCCCUCUGUCAAUGAUUAACUCCCAGCCAAAGGGGUGACCUGGGAGGAGGGCCCAGCUAAUAGGAACUUUGGACUUGAGGCAGAGUAUCCAGAGGGCCGGCAUGUGGUCUGCAGAAGAGGAGGACGUGGCUGGGUGGCAGGGCUGGUCUCCAAGGACGAGCAGCCAUGGGUGCCAGGCAGUGCUGAGAGCAGUGGGGCAUGGCUGCAGCCCUGCAGGUCCUGCCCCGCUUGGCCCGAGCCCCCUUGCAUCCACUCCUCUGGCGGGGCUCAGUGGCCCGUCUGGCCAGCAGCAUGGCCUUGGCAGAGCAGGCCAGGCAGCUGUUUGAGAGUGCUGUAGGUGCAGUGCUGCCGGGCCCCAUGCUGCACCGGGCACUAUCCUUGGACCCUGGUGGCAGACAGCUGAAGGUGCGGGACCGGAACUUUCAGCUGAGGCAAAACCUCUACCUGGUGGGCUUUGGCAAGGCUGUGCUAGGCAUGGCAGCUGCAGCUGAGGAACUACUGGGCCAGCAUCUUGUGCAGGGCGUGAUCAGCGUUCCCAAGGGGAUCCGUGCUGCCAUGGAGCGUGCCGGCAAGCAGGAGAUGCUGCUGAAGCCACAUAGCCGUGUCCAGGUAUUCGAGGGUGCGGAGGACAACCUCCCGGACCGCGAUGCGCUGCGGGCUGCACUGGCCAUCCAGCAACUGGCCGAGGGACUCACAGCUGAUGACCUGCUGCUUGUGCUGAUCUCAGGUGGGGGUUCAGCUCUGCUGCCUGCCCCCAUCCCACCUGUCACACUGGAGGAGAAGCAGACACUCACUAGACUGCUGGCAGCCCGUGGAGCCACCAUCCAGGAGUUGAACACCAUUCGGAAGGCCCUGUCCCAGCUCAAGGGUGGGGGGCUGGCUCAGGCCGCCUACCCUGCCCAGGUGGUGAGCCUCAUCCUGUCAGAUGUGGUGGGGGACCCUGUGGAGGUGAUUGCCAGCGGCCCCACCGUGGCCAGUUCCCACAAUGUGCAAGAUUGCCUGCAUAUCCUCAAUCGCUACGGCCUCCGUGCAGCCCUGCCACGUUCCGUGAAGACUGUGCUGUCUCGGGCCGACUCUGACCCCCAUGGGCCACACACCUGUGGCCAUGUCCUGAAUGUGAUCAUUGGCUCUAAUGUGCUGGCGCUAGCUGAGGCCCAGCGGCAGGCCGAGGCACUGGGCUACCAGGCUGUGGUGCUGAGUGCAGCCAUGCAAGGUGAUGUAAAAAGUAUGGCCCAGUUCUACGGGCUGCUGGCCCAUGUGGCUAGAACCCGCCUCACCCCAUCCAUGGCUGGGGCUUCUGUGGAGGAAGAUGCACAGCUCCAUGAGCUGGCAGCUGAGCUUCAGAUCCCAGACCUGCAGCUGGAGGAGGCUCUGGAGACCAUGGCACAGGGAAGGGGCCCAGUCUGCCUGCUGGCUGGUGGCGAGCCCAUAGUACAGCUGCAGGGCUCAGGCAGGGGUGGCCGGAACCAGGAACUGGCCCUGCGUGUUGGAGCAGAGUUGAGAAGGUGGCCGCUGGGGCCGAUAGAUGUGCUGUUUUUGAGCGGUGGCACCGAUGGGCAGGAUGGGCCCACAGAGGCUGCUGGGGCCUGGGUCACACCUGAGCUUGCCAGCCAGGCUGCAGCUGAGGGCCUGGACAUAGCCACCUUCCUAGCCCACAAUGACUCACAUACCUUCUUCUGCCGCCUCCAGGGUGGGGCACACCUGCUGCACACAGGGAUGACAGGUACCAAUGUCAUGGACACCCACCUCUUGUUCCUGCGGCCUCGGUGAUGGCAUAGGUCACAUUUUGGGAGUUCAGAGGAGGCCUACAAGGGCAAGGUCAGAUGGCAGAGCAAGGUUGGUCCUCAGGGCCUCUCUAAGCCUUAGGGCCCCUCCUCUCCUUGGCCUUGGCUGUUUCGUUAACUGUCACCUUCCACUCAGGGCCUCUGCUCUAUGUCUAUUCCCUUCCAGCCAGACUGGCAGAUGGGGGCUUCCCCCUACCCCUGAGGAUGAGGACAAGCCCCUCGGCCAGUUCAGUGUUCCCGUGCUUCUCCCUUGGGCAGCCUCUCUCUUGAGCCCCUCACCCUGUUUCUUUCUGUGAAGCGAGAAUGUCUGAAAAUAAAUAGGACCAUGCCAUGGGU